AAAAGAACCGAUAACAGCACACUCAGUUAUCUUUGGACGGUCGACGGGCUACACAAGACGCAACGCGCGCGCACACCGAUGUUAAUCUUUGGACAUUUAAAUUAUCUUUGAAAUUUGCCUUGUGAUAUUUUGAGGAUGCAUAAUCGAUCCUCGAACUUGUUAGUCGAAAAAAUUUGAAUGCGAUUGAUAAUUCCCUCCGACUUCUUGGAAACUCCAUCGAGUUCCUCAGCGGUGCAGCAGCGGAUUGACCGUACCGCUUGAGGAGGUCCAUGCGACCAAGCGGAAGCACUCUUCGAAGGGAGCCACCGGAGAAAUGGUGAAGCCGGUGCCGAAAAUGCCCGCCCUGGUCGUCUCGGCGAUCAGGAACCUGCGCGACGCCCACGGGUCAACCUCAAAGGAGAUCUUGAACUACCUGGCCUCGGAGUACGAUGCCUCGGAGCCAACAGUUCAGCGCCAGAUGUACACCGCACUGAGACGCGGCUUGGCCUGCGGGAUCCUGAAGCGCGUGCACGGGCAUUACAGUCUAAACACGGAGCCGAACCAGCCGCUCUGCCCGCACGAAGCUGCGACCACGGAGCGGCGGGGCAGGAGGCGCCGGCGCGGAAGGAGGCGCGGGAGGCGCAGGAGGAAGAGCAGGAGGGGUCGCCGGAGGCGGCGCAGAGGAGGCCGCAGGAGGGCACGGGGUGCCACUCGCAGGAGAGCCCCUGGAGGUCGAGGACGCUUCGAGGACGACGUCCUGUCGCGCGACCCGCUCGGAGAUCGUCGCCCGGAUCUCGCCGAAGACAGUCAGCACUCCCAUGAUCCUCACCGAUCUCAUCGGGCCCGCCGCUCGUCCGGCUACGAGCGGAGUCGCAGUCGCAGUCGCAGUCGCAGUCGGCCGCGAACUCACAGCCGAUCGUCGGUAAGCAGCGAACGAGAAGGCAGCGUCGAGCGUCCCGACGAAGCGAAGAUCGAGUGAGAGGCGUCCCUGCAUCCCAGUUUCUGUCCCACGUGUCGCGCACGUUGCUACCGUUGUCCCGUAAAGAAAUUAUUCCAGUGAACCAGAUGAUUGUUCGAGACGCACACACGCACACACGCACACACGCACACACGCACACACGGCCCAUACAUAUGUC